CAGAUGGCCAAAGUAUCCAAAUCGGAGUCUGCGUGUGUUCAAAUGAGCGUAGAGAGACAGGAUGGGAGGUCCUUUGUAAAUUAACCCAUAAUUAACCUUUCAAUCCAAUUUACAUUAAUAGCUGAAGUUAGAAUACCUAGAAACACACUUGGCUACAUGUGAGUGCAAGCCGGUUUCUAAGCGCGCUCCACGCUCGCGCUGGUGAUGCCAUGCCGCGAAGUCACACCGGCGAUGAAAGCGGCGGCACCGGGAUCUGGCUGAAGACCUCCGCUGGGAACCGGACUCAGGAGCACCCGCUAAAAGAUGUGGAAUCUGGACGGAGGACGAUGAAUAACGCGGUUCGGGUCGGGGACGGGCUGCUGGCUCCCCCAGCAGCAGGUGCGGCAGCGGCGGCGGCGGAGAGGAACCAGGGCGCUCGGCUCAGUCUGCUGGGGAAGCCGCUGACCUACAGCUCGCAGAGCGGCCGCAGGAACGCGCGGUACCGGCGGCUCCAGAAUUACCUCUACAAUGUGCUGGAGCGACCGAGGGAGUGGGCUUUUGUCUACCACGCUUUUGUCUUCAUCCUGGUGUUCGGCUGUCUGGUUCUCUCGGUGUUCUCCACCAUCCCUGCUCACCAGGAAUUCUCCUCGCACUGCCUGCUCAUCCUGGAAUUUGUGAUGAUUGUAGUAUUUGGCCUGGAGUACAUCAUCAGGAUAUGGAGCGCUGGCUGCUGCUGUCGAUACCGAGGCUGGCAGGGCCGCCUCCGCUUUGCCCGGAAACCCUUCUGUGUCAUAGACAUCAUCGUACUUAUCACCUCGGUUGCUGUGGUUUCAGCUGGUAGCCAGGGCAACGUCUUUGCCACCUCUGCACUGCGUAGCCUUCGCUUUCUUCAGAUCCUGCGCAUGGUGCGCAUGGACCGCAGGGGAGGAACCUGGAAGCUGCUGGGAUCUGUAGUUUAUGCUCAUAGCAAGGAGCUGGUGACUGCUUGGUACAUUGGGUUCCUGGUGCUUAUCUUCUCCUCUUUCUUGGUCUAUCUUGUGGAGAAAGAGUUCAACAAGGAGUUUGACACGUACGCUGACGCUCUGUGGUGGGGCACGAUCACCUUGACAACAAUUGGCUAUGGCGACAAGACGCCACAAACCUGGACCGGGCGGUUACUGUCAGCCUGUUUUGCUCUCCUUGGGAUCUCGUUCUUUGCUCUGCCAGCUGGCAUCCUGGGGUCAGGUUUUGCCCUGAAGGUGCAGGAGCAGCAUCGCCAGAAGCACUUCGAAAAAAGAAGGAAUCCGGCUGCCAGCCUCAUCCAGUGUGUCUGGCGUAGUUAUGCUGCUGAUGAGAACUCGGUUUCUAUUGCUACCUGGACGCCUCAUUUGAAGGCGUUGCAUACCUGCAGCCCCGCCAAGAAAGAGCAAGGCGAGACUGCCUACAGUAAGGGUCUAACUAAUGGGGGACUCUUCAGAAAGUGUUAUCGGAAAUAUAGGAGUCAAAAGCUGAGCUUUAAAGAGCGGGUGCGGAUGGCGAGUCCUCGAGGUCAGAGCAUGAAGAGCAGGCAGACAUCCAUCAAUGACCGCCAGCGCUGUUCCCCUGGCAACGAGGUGGUGGGCAGCAGUGAGCUAAUGGGCGGGAGCCCCGCCAAAGUGCAGAAAAGCUGGAGCUUCAACGAUCGGACACGCUUUAGACCGUCGCUGAGGCUGAAGAGUCAGACCCGCACCGCUGCUCCAGACGUGGACCCAGGCAUGACCACAGACGAUUCCUUCGAUGAGAAAGGUUGCCAUUGUGACAUCACUGUGGAAGAUCUUUCAGCUCCGCUAAAAGCGGUCAUCAGAGCUGUCAGGAUCAUGAAAUUUCACGUAGCUAAGAAGAAGUUUAAGGAGACUCUGCGUCCGUAUGACGUGAAGGACGUGAUCGAGCAGUACUCUGCUGGACACCUGGACAUGCUUUGCCGCAUCAAGAGCCUUCAGACGAGACUGGAUGCAGUAGUUGGAUCCCCUCCAAGGUCAUUAAGAGGUCGUAUCAAGACAUUUUCUUCUUCCUUGCUGCAGUCAGAUUACAGGAAGAAUCAGAGGAAACACUCGUCAUCUGGGGUGGAUCAGAUUCUUGGGAAAGGCCAGAUUCCGGUGGAUAAGAAACCAAGGGACAAACUGCACCAUGAUGGAGACUCUCUGGAGGGCAUGAGCAUGUUGGGACGAGUGUGUAAAGUAGAGAGACAGGUGUCCUCUAUUGAAACAAAGUUGGAUUCGUUGCUUGAUGUUUACCGCCAAGUUCUCCAGAAAGGUCCCUCAGGGCUCUCCCUCUCCUCUCUGCCCCUUUUUGAGCUGGAAAAUCACCAGCACCACAACUUGGACUACCCAUCCUCCCCCCAAAGGGGGGAUGCAGUUAGAGGACGAGGAGACAACGGUGGCGGCGGGAUACACCGUUCUCAUGGUGCCAACCCAAGAGGCCUGCGGCUCAUUCUACCACCGGCCGACGACGAUUGCCCUCCAGAUUCAGCGCCUCCGUCCUACCCCCCUUCCACUGCCUCGCUGUCCCCUUCACCUCUGCUGCCCCCUGACAGCCCUUACCCAACCCUUGGCACCCCUUCCAAAAAAUCCCACUUUCCUGAUCUGCCACCUCCGCCAUCAUCGACUGGGAGCUUUACUCUCCAGCUUCCUCCCAUGGUUCACCCUUCACACCUCCGAUGCCCCGCUGACCCAGUCUCAGAUGAUGUGACAGAUGAAGUAGGAGCCGAUGACCAGAGUCUGGGCCCUUCUGUCGUUGUAGGUUGCAGUGCUGAUGGUAGUGCUGAUAGGGAUGGUGAGGCAGGGUUCGCACCCAGUAGGGUGCAGCUGCGGAAGAAGUCUGGCUUGAAAUCGGGAGGUGUCUACAGGAGGCAUUUGAGCCUAGAGGUUAACCCAUUGCUGCUGCUCUCAUCUAACCCAGAGAGGAGGCCUACAGACUGGGCGGGCAGUCUAGGGAAAUCCCUCUCUGUGCAUAAUAUCAACCAGCCUUUAACCAAUCGUGCCCCUGGCCUUUCAGCCGCCCUCAACAACAGCAGCAGUAGCAGCAACGACAGCGAGCACGGCAAUGGCCAUAAUGACCUCAGCAACUGGGAUGGGACAGACCUCUUCAUUAGUGAGUGCAAGCUGAAGCCGGCAGCUGACCACUAUGGCUUCCUGUCCCAGGGACCGGACAGCAGCCAGUCUGACAUUUUACAGACUGAGGAGGAGGAUGUUCCUCACUCAAAGGGAAACUCUGAGUUUCUUGGUCAAUCCUCACACUUACAGCUGGUGUAAGCACACUGACUGAAAAUCAAAACACAAACUGCAAACUGUAUGUACACAUACUGUGGCCAGCGCCACUUUUAGACAUAUUUAUAUAGGGCACCAUGCGCAUCAUGCUCUGAAUUCGACACUUUAUACAUGUGCAAACAGCGUUUUCUGUUUUAUGUGACACGAUUAUGCCCAUUUGCACAUAGAUCACAUUAUUACAACGUUUAUGUGGCACCUAAAUGUCUGGAUCCAGUAGGAAGAAAGAAUAUACGAGUGUGAACGCAAGUGGCCAUGUUCAUGUUACACAAAAUAUGAAAACUAUAUAUUCAGUACUUUGCUAAAUUAUUGAUAUUCCUUGAACUUUUUCACAGUUUGCUACUUUAAAAUCCCAAUAUUUUAUGUAUUUUUCUGGGAUUUUAUGCAACAUACCAACACAAGGUGUAAAAUACUACAUAGUUAAUGUUUUUUUUGUUCCAAAUUAGUUUUUUGCAGCCUUUAACAUGAGUUUUUCCCCUGUAUUUCGUUUCGUCCAUCUUCCUCUCUGAGUUGCUGUAAAAUAAUAUCUACCCUUUUGCAGAUUUAUUCUAGUUUUCUAUUUUGUCUUGGUUAGAUGUUGGGUUUAAGUGGAGGGUUUUUGAACAUUAACAACUUAUUAAAGGUCAUGCCGCAAGAUUUUAGGAUUGAGUCCAGAAUUUGACCUCAGUUAAGUUAACUUUCUAAUGUCUGGUGCUUUAGAUCACCAACAUCGGAGGGUUUUUGCUGCAUGAACUUAGUGCACUGGAGCUUAAGGGCCCAAAUUAAUCGGACAUUUUUGCUAGAAAGCAGAAUUUUAACUAUUUAUGUCUGAAGCAGUAAUGACGUCCCACAGCAUCAUACUAACAUAACCAUUACCAUCUUUUUCUGACAUGUUAUGUUGUCAGUUGUUUUUCCCUUGGAGCAACUUUGAUUGUCUGGGCGCUCCUGAGAAGGUUCACAACUGUUCUAUGUUUCCUCAAUUUUAGGAUAAUGGGUGUUAUUAAGUUUCACUAGCAUUUUUUUUGACAGUGAUUUUCUGUCUAAGUUUUUCUUGGAUUUUUUUGUAUUAAAAUUUGAUUCGUUACUUUUGACAACGUUUAUCAUAGUCCAUGCUGUCAAAUGAAAGAGUUCAAGGGAUAUGAAUACUUAUGCUAAGCACUGUAAACAAUCGUUCAGGAGAAAAUGCAGCUUUCCUGACUCUUACACGUAUCAUGACUCAAAGCACGAUGUUAAUUUUGACAAAAGAUGCUUCUGUUGGAGGUGACGGAAAACCCCUCCAUACAUGUUUAUUUUCUUCUAUUUGAAUAGAAUAAGAAUGUAGGUGAUGCAAGUCAACCUAUUUGGCUCUUCACGUGAACAGUGGAGAGUUUUCUUUUGUUUCAAAGUGAAUCUUUAUCUUUCUUCUUUCUGUUACUCAAUCUGGACCUCAACGUAAACCAAAGAACUUAAUCUAGAUUCAUCAGCACAAAUACCACAUGCAUCCAUUUUUGUUAAAAAAGGAAAACAUGAUUUAAAAAAUACUUUUAAAGAUCAUUUGGCAAGCUGAAGAUGUACAGAGUCUAAAAUGCAUCUAACUGACAGACAGUCUGUGGAAAUCACAUGCCUGCCUACAUUGAUGUACGGUAUGAAUUUAGUAAGAGGGACAAGAAUAACAUUUGAUCGCAAACACCAACUAUUGUAAGAGGAGCCAACUAGAACAAAAGUUGAGAUACACACUUAUUCUUUGUUCUGUGUAAAUGAUUGUAUUUGAUCUUUCUUGCAAGAUAAGAAAAAGCCAUUUUUGUCUGGUUUGUCUUUAAUGAUAAACCUCUUAAGCUUUCCAUGUUCAUAUCACUUCCUGGACGGUUCUCACAAACCAUUUACUAGACCAGAGGCUUAAAUCUGUGGGAAUGGGAAACAACAAAUAAUCAAUGAAAAAAUAAAAAGCAACAAACCGACUGCAUGUGUUGAGACCACAGAGGAGGUAAUCACAUGAUGAUCUAAAGCAUUUUUUGAAGUCUGCAACUGGGUGAAGGUUUGACCCUCCCCUCUGAUUUUGCACAAUAGUUUGGCAAAUUAAAUGCUAAUGAUUUGAAUGCGAAUUUAGCAAAGAUUACUACAGUGGACCUUCUCAAUCAUGCAUGAGAUGCUGCAUGUGUGAAACUGCUGAUGUCAAUGUCAAACAUGCAAACACAUUCUGCCUUCUUGAACCUUGUUUUACUUUUUUAUUUGUAAUAAUUUGGUAGUGUGUAUUUGUUUUAUGAGUUAAUAAAAUAGCCACCUACUAUGUUAACACAAUGCAUACAACACUUCACUGGAAUCUGAUGUUUCCCUUUCCUGUGGAAGUCAAAUUUAAAAGCUCCAGCACAGAUUAAAUACCCUGGUUGAACAAUUUGAAGUGAAAGGGGCAGGCUGUGCAGUUUUUGAUUUAGCUUGCACAUUUUUUGCUUUAUUCAGAUAUCCUGAUUUAUUUAUUUAUUUAUUUUUUAAUCCACGUUAUUGUUGAUGAGAGCCACCUAACCACAAAAUUGUCAUAUUGGUUCAACAACCAUCUGGUGUCCUUUUAGGAUUAUGUAACAACAUGUAAACAUUAGAUCGUAAACUUGCACAAGUGAAUCAAGGUUCUCUGGCAGACUUUGGAAAAUGUUUGACAUAACUGACGCCUUUCUGUCUCAAUUUUUUAUCUGCAUAUAUCUUUUUUUUACUCAUCCACCAACUAUUUCAGUCAUUUUAAUAUCUUCUGUGUUUGAUUUGGAUAUUGGUUCAUUUUUGGCACAGUCACUCUUGUCAUAAAAUAUGUUUUACUGUCAGACUUCCUUUAUUGACGUUGUGAUUUCAUCUGCGUUAGCCCGUGUUUUUGGAAGCGGAUUGCCGAUUCAUUUAACACAGAAAGUUAGAGCAAGUAUUAUUUUCAGAAAAAUGCUAACAAUUAGCAUUUGUGUGGUUUUUGUAAUAUUCUUUAAUCCAUAUAAAAUGUUAUUCUGGUGCAAAGAAAACACCCUCCAUCCAUCCAUUUUCUGUUCACCCUUGUCCCUAAUGGGGUCAGGAGGGUUGCUGGUUCCUCUCCAGCUACGUUCCGGGCGAGAGGCGGGUU